AUGGCUCCAGGCAGUGGGCGCGACUUUAACUGCUCGUGGGAGCAUUGUGCGAAGUCUUUCAAUCGCAAAUCCGAUCUCUGUCGCCAUUAUCGCAUUCACACCAAUGAGCGGCCGUAUCAUUGCACUGUAAAGGACUGCAACAAGAGCUUUAUUCAGCGCAGUGCCUUGACCGUACACUCGAGGACCCACACUGGCGAGAAGCCCCAUGUCUGUGACCAUGAAGGCUGUCAGAAGGCAUUUUCAGAUUCGUCGAGUUUGGCCCGUCAUCGCCGAAUCCACACCGGCAAGCGACCAUAUAUAUGCCAUGAACCUACCUGCGAACGCAGUUUUUGUCGCAAGACCACCCUCACCAAACACCAACAUCGCUCCCACCCCCCAGGGAGCUUGACCCGACCAUCCUCAGAAGAUGCGACCUCCGAGCACUCGUACCACCAAACACCCGUGCCGGUCUCGGGCCCAGGUGAGCAGUACAUGCUCGGCCAGCAACCGUAUUACCCGCAAUCGGCGACGCCGAGUCAUGAGUAUUACUCGCCACAGAGCGUGCCGAUGGGCUCCGUGCCGGUUCACGAAGCUGCCCCUCCGAUCGUGCCGCAGCCUGUACCUGGAUCCUCGCCGGUAAACAUGCCACACCCGCAACAGCCACACCCGCAGCACCAUGCGCAUCCGCAGCAGCAGCAGCACCAACAAUAUCUACAGAUGAUGCAACAGCGUUACGAGACCAGUCCGCGUGCCAACUACCUCCCAGAACAAUACCAACAUCCGUCUUUUCAAGGCCAUCAACUGCCACCCGAACAGCCAAUGAUGGUUUCAUACCACCCAAACUAUGCGUACAAACCCCCAGGCUCCCGUCUCUUGAACCAAGCCGAAGGGACUGACUGGGGCUUUUUGGGAGUAGGCUAA